AUGUCCGGCCCCAGCACGGGAACGCCACAUCCUGGCCAGACUGGAAAUGCAUGCUGGCAGUAUCAAGCACUCGAGCAUGCCAGAGGAGCCACUGAUUAUGGAGGUGGGAGUGCAGACCUGCCCGGUCAUGGCAAACCCAUGCAGGAGCUGGGAUUGAAGAAGCCCGUCGAGGUCCUCACAGAGGUUCCAGACUGGCAAACCUUCUACCAAAACUAUGUCCGAGUAAACCGUCCGGUUGUGCUUCGAAGUGCUGCUCGAGCCCAGAGGGCGUUUGACAAGUGGACGGAUGACUAUCUUGUCGAUCUAUGGGGGCAGGACAAAGUCAUCGACAUUGAGAUGAAAAAGGUGGAGGAGCGAGGUGGGCCAACCGUCCAGUGGCCCUUCGACAAGUUCGUCAAAGAGAUAUAUGAGGCAGAUCGAGAAGACCAGCUCUAUGCGGUGAUCGGCUUAGAGGAUGACGAAGCACUGGCGGAUCUGGACCUGCCAGAGCCGGCCAGAUGCAAAGAGGUGUGGCCUCAGUCCGUCACGCUUUGGAUGAGCAGCGGCGGCACUAUGUCGGUUCUGCACAAUGACGACGGCGAGAACUUUCUCAUGCUGCUGGACGGCUACAAGAGUGUCAUGCUCGUUCACCAGGAUGAAGCUCCUAACAUGUACGCUCAUGUGGCCAAGGUGCGAGGGACGUCCCCAGUUCGCCAGGAUGCCGUGGACCUGGAAAACUUCCCACGGUUUGCCAACAUUACCUGGCUGCAUGGUGACAUGGGACCCGGGGAUACACUGUUCAUCCCGCAUACCUACUGGCACCAG